CCGACACCGGUUGCCAUGCAAUACGGCGGAGCAGUAUCUUGUCGAUGCGCUUCAUUGAAUUCUACCAACAUAGAUUGAGGUCGAUAGGGGGCACGCCGUUUACAUUUCUCGUUGCAAGUUUUACUUCGGUAUAAGUGAUACUGGAGUGCGGCAGCUUACUAUUAGAUUGGGGAGAAUUUGAACGCCGUCAAAAACGAUGGUAGUCCCACAUAUCCUUGGCCCGUCAGCUUUCCCUACUGUGCCAAUGGCACCCCCGGCGGCAUGCUUGUCGGUAUUGAGCUACAAUAUCCUGCUUCCAAAUAGUAUGGAUGGCUGGUGGAAUUACAAAAUGUAUUCGCCUCCUUUGCCGGAAUCGAAGCAACACGUUUCGUCUUGGAAUUUUCGUAAGGACUUGUUACGUGAACGAAUCGCCACAGUCGAUGCCGACAUUGUAUGUUUACAGGAAGUAUCGCCGGUUUCGUUCGAUACCGAUUUUGAUUUUAUGCGAGAGCUAGGCUACGAUGGAAAAGAAAUGUUCAAGAAGGGUCGAUUUCGCCCCGCGACGUUCUGGAAAACGUCGCGAUGUGAGAUUGUGACCCCUCCGGUUCACAAGGAUCGUACAUUACUAACGGCCUUUCGGGUAUUGCCGCCGCCAACGGUGUCAGAUCCAGCAGAGACCCAUGUGUGGUACAUUUUAAACUGCCACCUACAGGCUGGCAAGGAAGGGGGUCGAAGAGUUCGACAAAUCCACGAAGGAGCUCGCUCGGUUCUGACCUUGGCAAGAAAAUUAAAACAACCUAAUCCCGAACAAUGUACAGCAUUUAUAGUUUGUGGGGACUUCAAUGGAGGCCCCGAAUGUGGCGCUGUACGUUACUUGGAAGACGGGUUCGUGGAUGAGUCUUUUAUCGAAGAUGGAGAUAGGGUCACCUCCAAACGCAAAGACUUUCCGUUCGAAAAACCACUGACAGAUGUUAUGGCUGCUUCUGACCGAUCGCCGCCGCCAACGCUAGUUGUAAGCGAGCUUAUAUCUACCAUGGUCCGCAGUAAUGCGUACGAAAAUCCAGAGUUUUCGGAAGAUAUGAUGGAACGUCUUGUCCGUAUUUAUGAAAGAUUAGCGACAAAGUCGCAAGAAUCUGGUUGUAAGAUGAUGGACGAGGAAGAUGUCGAACGCUGGUUGAUCACUACUAACGGGCAAGUUGGCCGGGGUAGCGAAUUUCGUAACGCAGCGAAAGAGAUGGGAUGGACCGAGGGAUGCAGCGCAAAACGCCAAGACGGCAAACCGCACGUUGAACUUCCCAAAAGAGGGAUUCUUUCACUGGAAGGUUUCGUAAACGUGUAUCAAGCAGAGCUUCGGCAAGGCAAAUUCUGGGGCAUUGCGCACGACAUGGCCGUUUUGGGGGAGCCCCUACCUGAUGCAGGCGUGUUUCAGUCAAGCCAACCGCCGUAAUGGACUUUUUGUGCUUGGACCCUUGCCCAAACGAGAUUGAACCGUCAGACCAUCUCCCCGUAGCAGCUUCAUUUACACUUUUUAGCUAAGGUCGUAAGGCUACUGGACAUAGCAGUAAAUUCGAAAAUAUAACACUGUUUACAUUCC